CGGGCGCCUUCGUCUGCCUGGAGAUUCUGCUCGGGGGUCUCGUCUGGAUUUUGGUGGCCUCCUCCAACGUUCCCCUACCUCUGCUACAAGGAUGGGUCAUGUUUGUGUCCGUGACAGCUUUUUUCUUUUCUCUUCUCUUCCUGGGUGUGUUCCUCUCUGGCAUGGUCACUCAAAUCGAUGCCAACUGGAACUUCCUGGAUUUUGCCUACCACUUUACAGUGUUUGUCUUCUACUUUGGAGCCUUCUUGCUGGAGGCAGCAGCCACCUCCCUGCAUGAUCUGCACUGCAACUCAACCAUAACCUAUGGCGUGCAGCCUCUCCUGAAUGAUAACCAGUAUAACAUCAACGUAGCGGCCACAGUUUUUGCCUUUAUGACAACAGCAUGUUAUGGUUGCAGUUUGUGUCUGGCUUUACGAAGAUGGCGACCCUAACACUCCUUGGAAACUAAUAGUCGUGUGUUAGUUUCAUUUGUCUAUUUUGUAAUAUGUCCGAUCAAUUUGUAUGCUGUGUUGUCCAGAUAUAACAACAUUCCAAAUAUAAUCUGUUUAGUAAAUAGAGAAAAUCUUAAGUGCAAGUUUUGGUUUAUUUCCUUGGUGGAAUUUUAAUUUUAUUAUGAUAUUAAGUGGAGAAAUAGCCUUUCAUUUUAUACCUCUUUACAAUUAAAAUUCCCAUAAUGUUCCUAAAAUAUACAGGGAUCAAUCAUGAAAAAGUAGCAUCCCUUUUGUUUGCUCAGUCACCUGAACCUUAAUAUUAAUAGAUUUAUAAUACUCCCUAAAACUUACACAUUUCAAACAAGCUUCCCAACUGAAUUCCAUCUUUUAAUGUAAAAGAAGAAUUGGACACUUUUUCUGCAAAGAACUAGAUGGUCCAUAUUUAGGCUUCAUGUAUCAUACAUUCCGUCUCCAUCGAGACUAUUUAGUUCUGCCUUUGCAGCAUGAUAGCAGCCAUCGUCAGCAUGUCAGUGAAUGAAUGUGGCUGUGUCCCAAUAAAGCUUUGUUGACAAAAAGAGGGGAUAGGCUACGUAUGGCCCACAGGCUAUGGUUUGUCAACCUCUGGUGAAAAACCUUAGUUAUGUGUUCUGUAUUUUACUGAAUUGAUCAUGAAGGUUUAUAAACCUAGUUAGACAAGCCACAUGACAUUUAGUCUCAUUAUGCAACAAUCACACUGCCUUUUGUUAAUGGUCAAAUACUUACCCUUGGAAGGACAUGUAGCUUCUCAAGCUAAUUCUAACAGAGUCUUGGGUAUAGGGAAAAGUAAUUUGUGAAGUGAACCUUACUUGCUUAAUCUAACUAAUGAUCUCACAGCUGAGCAAGACUCUCUCCCGAGUGUUCUUCAAACAGGAUCCCCAGAGACCAUCAGUGACAGCUGGAACUGGUAUUCACCUACUUAUGUCUUACUUCGGUUUAUUUAUGCUUCAGAUCACAGUUGUUUGCCAGGUGCAUGAAUAUAAGAAUAUUUAUAUAUGUGAAGCUUUUUCAAAUAGAGCUUUCUGAAGACUUAACUUUUUACUUCUAAUUAUUUUGCAUUACUUUUUGAAUAGAAUAUUAAAUGUAGCAUAAAGUUGUAGAUUUCAUGUUUUGCUAAGAGCCCAGAUAUCUGUGUUGCUUUUGCAUUGGUGACAGACAAAAUCAGUUGAAAACAAUAGCACAAAAAAUGAAAAAAAAAAUUGAUAUAAAAAAUUAAUCUUUUAGAGACACUGGUCAUGGAAACAUACCAAAAUGGCUUGAAUGGGACUUGGGGUUAGACCAUGGCUCCCACCAUGCUCUCCAUGCAUUGUAUGUCUGUUGCCCUAAGAAGGUCACCUUUGGGAACAGAGGGCUUUGGGAUUGCUUUACUGUUUUAGCCCUCUGUAUUCUGGCUGAAUCGCCCACUAGGAGUGCCAUGUACACAUUGGGCAAUUGGGUUUCAUGGAACAUGGAGCAACCAUGAAUGAGUAGCAUGAUCAAUGCCCAGUGAUCAAACACUAUUUAUCUGAUACUCCCAUAGUAAAAAGAGCCCUGUUAGAGCUUGGUUUGUGAUAAAAUCAUAAAGAUAAAAGAGAUGUUUCAAUAUAUAGCUUGGGAAAAUCAGUCUUAUGACUUUAUGCUUUCUAUAAUAUCUCACUUCCUUGAUUUUUCUAGGUCCAUACCACACACCUAAACCUGUAUUAUGAAUUAUAUAUUACAAAGUCAUAAACGUGCCAUAAAGAUAUAUUGUAUAUUCUACUUGGAAUCAUUUGAAGGUAGUCUGCUAGAAUUUAGUGGUGAGAUUUUAUUUUUUUCCCCUAAGGUAUAACAGGCUAUACUUGGUGGCAUUAAAUUAAAUGAUUUCAUUAAAAUGUGUUGGUGGCACUUUUGUAAAUGGACUGCUUCUAGAUCUUUAAGAACCAAAUCUAAAAUGCCUAACUGUGAAUACUUAGAUUUGUAGAUUAAUCGCAUUCUGGAUUUGUGAGUUGAGUGAUAAAGCACUUGAACAAAAAUUAUAGCAUUUAAGAAUUUCUUUACAUAGCUGUAAAAAUGAGAAAGUGUUGGUUGGUCUUAAAAUCUGGUAACUCCACUAUGAAAAGAAAUUUAUUUUAUAAGUGUUAUGACUCUAAUAAAGUAUUCAUUUGAUAAUCUC